AUGAACGCCAACCUGAUUCCGACCCCGGACAACUUCCUGUGGAUCAAGCGCAGGUAUGCGGGCACGGCCCCUCGCCCGCAGCUUCUUGGAGCGGUGGUUGGCCACGUCCCGACGGGGGUGCACCUCCUCGGGGUGGGUCGUAAAUCUGUGGAGCCCUACACGGCGGAGCCCGACAUCUGCCGACACUGUUGCCGGUGGGGCCAUCAGGAGUGGCGCUGCAGAUCGGCCCCUCGGUGCCGGUAUUGUGCAGGCACGCACAAAUCAGCUCUAUGCCUCCAGAGGAUCCAGGCGGGCACACCCGUCCCCCGAAAGUGCUGCAACUGUGGUGGUGAGCACAACGCCCACUACCACUCCUGCCCGGUGAAGCCUAUACCAUCUAGGGCCGCGGCGCCUGACCUCCACCCUCAGCAGGGCCGCCCUAGGCUUGUGUUCCGCCCUGCUCCUCUCCCUCAGUACUCGGCUUGGGCCCGGGGGGCUCCCUCGACGUCCGAGUUUCCGCCCCAGCCGGGCUCGUCUACCCCUCCUGCUCCAGCCUCGUCCGCUGCCACCCCUGUGCCUCGCCAGACUCCUGCUCCAGCACCCCAGCCGCAACCUCCUCUCCUCCCUGUGCCAGCUGCCAGUCCACCCGCUGCCGCUGGGUCGAACCCUGUCCUUACUCAGAUUCUUGCUGCGGUCACCCAGCUGCAGGAGGCGCUGGCUACGAUGAUCUCCAGGGUGGCGGCCUUAGAGCAACGAGUCUCCACAUCCCCGCCUGCGCGUGAGCUCCCCUCCAUCCCAGCCCCUGCUCCAUCUUCAGCCCCGGCCCCGUGCCCUGCCCUGCAAUCUGCUAGUGAGGCCAUGGACGUUGAUAGUGGGGACAGUGUGGUUCCACCUGAGGGCCAGGCGCCGAACACCCCUGCAACCCCACCGGCUGUGGAGACUGAUGCUGACAAGGGAACGGCCGAACACCGCCAUAGCCAGACGGAUCCUCCGCCUUCGCUUGCUGAUCCUCCACCGCAGUGGGGGGCCACGCUCCAGGAGCUGAUGGCGCAGUUUGCUUCCCUGACUCAGCAAGUGGCCGAACUCCAUCACCGGAUCACCCCACUCCCUGACCGGCAACCACCCCCUCCUGACCAUCACAGCACCAGCAGUGUCAAUGGUGUCCGCUGGAAGGCCUUCCUUAAUGCCUCCGAAACGGAUGUCCUCACGGGGAACAAUGUGCCCACACAUGUUCAGGGGGACAGCACAGUUGCUCUCGAGUCUCCACAGCGCGCGGACCUACUUCUCACCCGGACCUUCUCCAGCAACAGCUCUCGCCUCCUAGCGAUCGAGCUGCUGCUGGGAGAGCCAGCUCUUGACCCAGCUUGA